CCCUCGCCGCUUCCGGUUCCGCCGCCAUUGCCCGGGCGCGGAGCUGCCGCCAUGGGCGCUCACCUGGGCCGGCGCUACCUGUGGGACGCCGAGGCCGAGCCCGACCCGCUGCACAUGCCGUCCUUCCCCGCCGAGCUGGGCAUGCCGGGCCGCCAGCAGCGCGCCAUGGUGGCCUCGGCGGCGCAGCUGGCCGCUGCCCGCGUGCCCCUGGAGCAGAGGGAUUUCUGCGGGCACCACCUGCUGCGCCUGCUGCGCUGCCAGCGCGACAACUUCCCCGUGCCCUGGGGGUGCCACGCGCUGCGCCACGCCUGGGACAGCUGCCAGCACCACGACUACGUGAUGCGCAUGAAGGAGUUUGAGCGCGAGCGGCGCCUGCGGCUGCGGCAGCAACGGCUGAGACGGCGCCACGGGGACAGCGAGUGACAAACGGGGACAGCGAGGGACAAACAGGGGACAGCGGGGACAUCGAGGGACACACGGGACACCGGGGACAGCGAGGGACAAACAGGGGACAGCGGGGGACACACGGGACAGCGGGGGACAAACAGGACACCGUGGGGACACCGGGGACUGCAAGUGACACCCAGGACACUGAGUGACACCUGAGUGACACUGAGUGACACCUGGGGACACUGAGUGAUACCAGUGACACCGAGUGACACACGGGGACACCGAGUGACACUGGCAGCACUGAGUGAUAUCUGGGACUCUGAGUGACACCGAGUGACUCCUGGGGAACCGAGUGACACUGAGUGACACCCGAGUGACAUCUGGGACAUCGAGUGAUACCGGCAACACCAAGUGACAGCUGGGACACUGAGUGACACUGGAGUGACACCAGGGACACUCAGUGGCACCCUGGACACCACGGUGACACUGCAGUGACACCGAGUGACACCCAAGUGACACCGAGUGACACCCAAGUGACACCGAGUGACACCCAAGUGACACUGGCAACACCGAGUGACAUCUGGGACACCGCAGUGACCCCGAGUGACACCCCGGUGACGGUGACACGAGGCCACCCCGCGCAAUAAAGCUGUCAAGUGACA